GUGUGAGGAGGAGGCCGGGCACAAAAGAAAAGUAACAAGAGAAAAGAAAUCAAGAAACAGAGUCUAAUGCUGGAAAACCUAUAGACGGUUACUGUGUGACAUAAAAACUGAAAGAAGAAACCGAGCUGGAGGACACAACUGAGACGCAGGCCAUGGAGGCUGAGGUGGACGCAGAUGACGGGACGUUCACGAACAUCUCUCUGGCAGAUGACACAGUGGACAGUGGAUCUGCAGCCCUGCAUACUAAACAGGAGAACGAGCUUUUCAUCAUGAACUGCGACAUAGAUGGAGACGUAGAGAACCAGGUGGAAAUGGAGGAGAAGACGAGGUUUAUCAAUCAGGUUUUGGAGCUUCAGCACACACUGGAAGACCUGUCGGCACGAGUCGAUGCCGUGAAGGAGGAGAACCUCAAGUUGAAGUCGGAGAACCAGGUCCUCGGUCAGUACAUCGAGAACCUCAUGUCGGCCUCUAGCGUCUUCCAGACGACCGACACCAAGAGCAAGCGGAAGUGAACUGCCCUCAAAAGAAGAAGAAGAAGCCCGCCAUGGUGACAUGGAGAGGGCUUCCUUUCCUCAGUAGACCUGGCUCUUCUCUGUAACUAUUUACCUGAGUCAAUACAGUGUAAUUAUCAAUAAUGUAAACUGACUUUAUCAGCUUAUCCCUUUGGAUAUAGAUUUAAGAAGAUACUAAUCCAGCCCAGGGCUGUCUCUUCCCACAACAGAUGAUUAAGACGUCCCCCUCUAACCACUAACACCAAAACAGAACCAGUGUCUACAGGUCAUUUGUAUCUUCAGUUUCCCCUCAGCGCUUUGUAAAAGUAGUGUUUGUAAAAUAACCCAUUAUGCUAAAAACAAACCCUAAAUAUUUCUAUUUGACCAUGAACCUCCCCAUCAUAACCGGUUUCAUUUAUUUAUUUUUGUAAAGUAUUUUGUAUGACAGCUUGAUCCGAGUCCCCCCCCCGGUCGGUCUUGGAUGUCAUCGUGUCAAUAGGAAGCAUGAGCAUGUUCCUCCACCUCAAAGCCGGCAGUAUUACGGAGAAGGAGUAUGACUGUAUAUAGGAGGCGAAAUAAAAAGUCUUUACAUCCAUAGCCACUGAAUGGCAGAGUGUAUGAAGCUGCUUUUCGUCAAUAGUAGAUGGAUACUAGAUGUGUAGGUACCUUAGAGAGCUCAAGUUAAAGCACAGAGAGAGAAGAAGUUCAGCACUCAGUAACAGUGUAGGUCUUUACUAGCAUCAGUGGUGUUUGGUUUAUUAAUCACAAACACUAUUAACUUUUAGUGGAAAAUAGCAGGCUUUUUUUGUUUUUUUUUUGGCCUAAUCUGUGACAGAAGUCCUAAAUGUAAAUGUAAAGAUUGCAUUAUUAUUAUUAUUAUUCUUCCCUGCUCUCAUAACAGUGAUGAUGAGUUCACUAUGAGGCUUUCCCCCUUUAAAAUGCGAGAACAAAAGCAGUAAAGAGGCCUUGAGUGCUAUUGAUCCACUCGGUCUGGCCUGGAAUUCAUCGCCUGUAUUGAAGAUGGCUUUGACUGUAAAGUGUGCUGACGUCCUGGGCGUGUCCUCCAAGAUGUCUGCCGCCUCGGACAAAACCGAUAAGGGUGGAAGGACCACGAUUAUCUCAAAGGCAGGUGAAUUACUUUGAAAAUGGAGGAAUUUGGCGAUAGCGCGGGAGGCUGUGGACGCUGUAUAUGCUGUAAUUUAUUGAGGUUAUUUUGGUAUUUUUAACAGUUGUACAGUAUUUCUUUUCGGCAUGCUGAAUAUGUCCUACCUGCACACACCCUGGUACCAUGUUGUGUGUAGACAACUCUGCACCUUUGCCUUUAAAUGUCAUUUUUUUUUGUUUUAAUAAAACUUUAGGAUCAUU